AUGGAUGGAAACUCUUCAGCCACCAGUCUUCAGCCACCAGUAUCUCCAGAAGUGGAUGAAAACAGUUCAGCAUUGAGUUCAGACCAAAUCAGAGGUAGACCACAUGAGGAAGACAUGACUGUGUGGAUGACUCUCUUCAGGGUCCUCUCUGAAAUUCAACUGACUCAGUCUGGCCUAGGCACAGCCAAACCUGGAGAGUCCUUAAGACUGACCUGCACAGUCUCUGGUGCCUCCAUCACUGAUGGAUAUGCUCACCACUGGAUCCGCCAGCCACCCAACAAAGGGCUGGAAUGGAUAGGAAGAAGAUACUACAGCAGUUCUACCUGGCACACUGACUAUGCCUCAGCCUUCCGGAGCAGAGUCUCCAUCUCUCCUGACUCCUCCAAGAAUGAGUUUUCUCUCCAGCUGAGCUCCUUGACAGCUGCAGACACUGCCGUCUAUUACUGUGCCCGAGACACACAAGGAAGCCUUUGGAGGGUGGACAACUGGAAAUCCUUAAGGCUGACCUGCACAGUCUCUGGGGCCUCCAUCACUGAUGGAUAUGGUUACAGCUGGAUCCGCCAGCUGCCCAGCAAAGCUCUGGAAUGGAUAGGUUGGAGAUACUACAGCAGCUCUACCUGGCACACUAACUAUGCCUCGGCCUUCCAGAGCAGAAUGUCCAUCUCUCCUGACUCCUCCAAGAAUGAGUUUUCUCUCCAGCUGAACUCCCUGACGGCUGCAGACACAGCCAUCUAUUACUGUGCCCGAGGCGCACAGUGA